AUGUUUUCACUUCUCUUCAUCAUUUUAGUAAUUUUUAUUCACGGAAAUGAAGCGAUUUUUCACGAUCCCUGGCAUUUUCUUGGAGACGAACAUGAGCUUGCUUGUGGCUACACCAUCGAGAACUCGGUCGUCGUGCAAAAGUUCUCGUUUUCCGUCGAAAACAAGAACAAAGUGACCGGUGAUGUGAUCAAGGAGUGUUUCAUCAUUUUUGAUGGAAAAGUCAAGAUAACUAUUACGGCUUUCGAUCCACCCGAUGCUAAGUGCGUGACUCACUUGGUGAUGAAAGAGGCGCAAACCUAUGAGGAUUUGGCUCAACAAGACGGGAUCAAAGUUUGUGAAGUAAAACCCCAGUCAACGGAAUUCACAACCGGGCAACCACACGGGAAAUUGAUCCUUUUCACUGAUCACAUCUUCACUAUGAAAUUCAGUGUUGAACCUGCU